UUUCGUCUCCGCCACCGCCUCCUCAUUAAGCCUCAAGGUUUGUCUUGCUGGCGGCGGUAGUGGCUGAAGCUCCGGCGAGUCCAUUUUUGGAUAUCAACCCCAAUCACGGUCGCCAACACUUCUCUGAAACAUACAAUUUUGUUGCAUUGCUGCUGUUUGCAUGGGAGGGAAGUGGUUGGGGUGCGAUGGAGAUCAGUGCGAAAAAGCGAAGGGAAAGGGUGAAAAAAGUAAAAUAAUCUGAACCGUUAAUUUUAAAUGUAUCAUCAUAUCUAACGGACCAAAAACACUCAAAAUGUGAAAGACAUUGUGAAGUCUCCAAGCUAUUAUUAUUUGAAUUGUUUUGAAGUUAGCGUGGGCGGGAGAAGAAGGUGGCAAUUUUUUGUUGGCAGAAUGGAAGAAGAAGAAGAAGCUCCGAUUCUGAGACUAGAGAUCCUGCAAGGUCCUCGACAAGGUGAAACCCUAGAAUUCAAACCCAGAUCCGCAGUUCGAAUAGGUCGCGUCGUCAAAGGCAACACUCUCCCCAUCAAGGACCCCGGCAUCUCCUCCAAACACCUCUCAAUCUUAACCGAAUCCAACAAAUGGGUCCUCCGCGACCUCGACUCCUCAAACGGCACCGUUUUGAACGGCUCCAGCGUCCCUCCCAACACCCCCUUCACUCUCCACCACGACUCCACCAUCAAGAUCGGCGAACUCACCUCCAUCCACGUCCUCUUCCUACAACCCCCCGCUCAAUCCACGCUUCCGCUUCCUCCCGCCCCACGCGCUAGAGGCAGACCCAGAGCUAGGGGUGCCAAGGGUAGGGUUCAGCCUCAGAGCUUCGACCAAAACGGCGACGCCAGUGUGCUAAACGCUGAACCUGCGCGCGUGCCUGCACCCGCGCGUGUAACGCGGAGGUCCAACAGAGAGCGGAGUGCGGUUAGGGUUUGCGAUGAUGCUCCGGAGGAGAAGGGGAGGGAAGAACCCAAGAGUACGCGGGAUCCGAGUUUGAUUGAGGUUUCUGAUUCCAGUGUUGGGAAUUUGGAUGUUCCCGUGGAGGAACUGAAGAAGGCGCGCGUGAAGCGAAACUUGAAGACCGCGCGUGCGGUGGCUGGGAGUGUUGAGGGUGGAGUUGAGAAUGUUGAGAAGAUGAAAAGUAAGGGUGCUGCUGGAAAGAGGGAAUUGUUGCAGAAAGAGGUUGAAGGUGGGAGAGAAAAUGAGAAUGUGAAUAGUGUGGUUAGGGUUUGUGAAGAUGCUCUGGGGGAGAAAGUUGAAGAACAAUACAAGAGUACGAGGAAACCGAGUUUGGUUGAGGUUUCUGAUUCCAGUGUUGGGAAUUUGGAUGUUCCCGUGGAGGAACCGAAGAAGGCGCGCGCGAAGCGAAACUUGAAGACCGCGCGUGCGGUGGCUGGGAGUGUUGAGUGUGGAGUUGAGAAGAUGAAAAGUAAGGGUGCUACUGGAAAGAGGGAAUUGUUGCAGAAAGAGGUUGAAGCUGGGAGAGAAAAUGAGAAUGUGAAUAGUGUGGUUAGGGUUUGUGAUGAUGCUCCGGGAGAGAAAGUCGAAGAACACAAGAGCACGAGGAAUCGGAGUUUGGUUGAGGUUUCUGAUUCCAGUGUUGGGAAUUUGGAUGCUCCCGUGGAGGAGCCGAAGAACACGCGCCUGACCCGAAACCCGAAGAACGCUCGUGCGGUCACUGGGAAUGUUGAGAAAAAGAAAAGUGACGGUGUUACUGAAAAGAGGGAAUUAUUGCAGAAAGAGGUUGGAGAUGGGAGAAAAAAGGAGAAAGUGAAUAGUGGUGAUGGGAAUUGGCCUGAUUUGAAUAACAUGACUCUUGGUGAGUGGUUUGAUUUCUUGGAGGUUCACUUGCCAAAGCAGAUAAUUGAUGAGACUGAAGAGAUUAUUGAUUCGAUGAUGCAAAAAGCUGAGAGACUCCGCGAGUACAUUGCAGAGAUGCAACAACAGAAUAAUAAGGGCAAAAUGGCCAUGGAGGAAUAGCCAACUUUUUAAUAUAUGUGCACUGUUAGAUUGUUAGUAACCAGAUGAUUUUACUAAGUUCUUUUACUUGUUCUGUUUGUAAGUAUGCUGACAAAGAGCAUGGUCUUCAUAAAUUUAGUUCCUCUGCACAGUCUGUAUUAUGUUGCUGCGAAUCAUAUAUUAUUUUGCAAGGUGGUUAAUAUUUUUUUCUUCUUCUGUUAUUAGAUGAGGUUUGAGGACUGCUACUGCUUAGUCUGCAUUGGGCUUAAGGUCUUACUUGUGUAGUAGGGUUUUAAUAUUUUUUCUGGAACCUUCUUCUCAAAAGGAUUAUACGGUUGAAAUGCUAUUUCUUGGCAAGAGUUACAUCCCUAUGUUCAUUUUUUUGUUCAGUCGUUGUGUAUGUUAUGCUGAGUUGUAUAUGCAAAUUACAUUUGUG